GAGAGUUGUGAGAGUGCUCUUGGGAUGGGAGAGCUGGGAAAGUGAAAGAGAAGCAACAAGAGGGUUAAAGGAGAGCAUCACCUGGAUCUUUGAGCGACGAGCAUCAAAAGCGUGAGGACACUGGGAUGGCUGAACCACAGCCAGGAAAAGGGGAAGGGCCUCCCUGUCCUCUUCUCCAGCUGACAAAAACAGCUGCCCUGGAGUCUGUUUAGAGGACAGAGAGGGAGUGCGGAGGCCAGAGGGAGAGAAGAGGAGGAGGAAGAAAAGUCCACAGGCCAGGACCCGUCCACCCGUCAAUGGGUUGCGUCCUGAGUUCGGACUGGUGUGGGGAGGAAGAGGUGCAACCGGUGCCGGUGGUCAGAAACCCGUCUCUGAAGAGAAGGAGCCUGGAGAGGAGUGAGAGCGGCAGGAUGAGGUUGACAAAGGGGGGGAAGGGAGAGCCCCACGUCUUCAAGGAAAAGACCUUUAAGAAGAAGCGCCAGUGCAGUGUGUGCCGUCAGAACAUCGACAACGUAGGCUCCUUCUGCAGAGUAUGCAAGACAGCCACCCACAGGAAGUGUGAGGCCAAGGUUUCUGUUUACAUCUCCACCCUGCUGGCAUUGCCGUAA